AGCUCACACACAAGACACCCAAGGAUGACCCUCUCUUGCAUGUGCUUUUGUUUGUUCGUAUGGAUGGCAGCGUUCAUGCUGCCCACCUUCCAAGCUACGCCGUCUGUUCUCUACGCCAAAAUCAAUGGCUCGGAAAGUCUGUCCUGUGAAUGUCCAGAUCACUCCUGCCAGGAGGUUUUUUGGUACCGAUACCUUGAGAGGACAAAGACUCUUCAGUUCCUAGUGUAUGUCAACAGCGCUGGCAGAGAGAAACAUGGAGAACGCCUGAACGGCACUCGCUUCAAGGGCUCCGUGUCCUCUGGACAGAGGGUGGUCUACACCCUGCGUAUAACAGGACUACAGGAGGAUGAAACCGGCCUCUAUUCCUGCAUGUUUAAAACUAAGAAUAUUAUGCCUGUUGGAUAUUACAUAAUGCCUGGAGUGAAUCCUCCAACAGUUCAGCCGCCAACUGUUAAGACCAAGAAACCCGUGAAGAUCUGUAAUUGCAAACGCUCCAAUUCUCCUAAAGGCUGUGAAAAAUUAGUGCUUUGGCCGGGCAUUGGUGCUCUUCUGCUUUUGGCCAUUACACUUGUGGGCACACUUUACUACUUCAGUCGUCUACCUAAGAAGUGCAGACAUCGAUUUACCAAGUAA